UUCAGUUUAUCAAGUGACAAAGAUGCCCACGCCAGUGACAAUGAUGAGAAUGCGGAGCGUGGCAACUGGUCAAACAAAGGCGACUACCUGCUCUCCAUGGUGGGCUACGCUGUGGGCCUCGGCAACGUCUGGCGGUUUCCCUACCUCACCUACCAGAACGGCGGAGGUGCUUUUCUAAUCCCAUACACCCUGAUGUUGGCAUUAGCUGGCUUGCCCUUAUUUUUCAUGGAAUGUUCCCUUGGGCAGUUUGCCAGUCUAGGGCCAAUUUCCGUCUGGAGAAUAUUACCAUUGUUUCAAGGAGUGGGCAUCACAAUGGUCAUCAUCUCAACAUUUGUGGCGAUCUACUACAAUGUUAUCAUUGCCUAUGCACUCUACUACUUAUUUGCCUCAUUUCAAAAAGUGUUGCCGUGGUCAGACUGCUUUUCCUGGGCAGAUGAUUUCUGCAGCAAAACUCGAUUAGUAAGCGACUGCAAUGCAACCUUACAUGGAGAAAUCGUUCAUGCAAACUACUCAUUCAUCACAAACAAUAAUCUCACGUGUAUAAAUGGCACCAUGAACUACAAACCAGUGCAAUUUCCCAGCGAACAAUACUGGAAUAAAGUGGCUCUUCAACGCUCAAGUGGGUUGGACGAGACCGGUAACAUUGUGUGGUACUUGGCGCUCUGCCUCCUCCUCUCCUGGAUGAUCGUUGGAGCCGCGUUGUUUAAAGGAAUAAAAUCUUCUGGAAAGGUCGUCUACUUUACUGCACUCUUCCCAUAUGUCAUCCUGCUCAUCUUGCUGGUGCGCGGUGCCACCCUGGAAGGUGCUCUGGAUGGCAUCGAGUACUACAUUGGGAGGCAGUCCAACAUCACCAAGUUGAUGGAGGCAGAGGUUUGGAAAGAUGCAGCCACCCAGAUAUUCUACUCCCUGUCUGUGGCAUGGGGGGGGCUUGUUGCUUUGUCUUCGUACAAUAAGUUCCACAACAACUGCUACUCAGAUGCCAUUUUAGUUUGUGUAACCAACUGCGCCACCAGCGUAUUUGCCGGGUUUGCGAUAUUCUCCAUUUUGGGACAUAUGGCAUUCGUGUCCGAGAGACCUGUCUCAGAGGUCGUGGACUCAGGAUUUGAUCUAGCAUUUGUAGCCUACCCAGAGGCUCUGUCCAAGUUACCAGUUGCUCCUCUGUGGUCCUUCUUGUUUUUCUUCAUGCUCCUGCUCUUGGGCCUUGACUCUCAGUUUGCCACCAUAGAAACACUUACAACCACCAUACAAGAUAUAUAUCCCAAAGUAAUGAAAAAGUUAAGAAUCCCUGUAACACUGGGUGUGUGCAUAUUGCUCUUCUUUCUUGGUCUUAUCUGUGUUACUCAGGCAGGAAUUUACUGGGUUAACCUAAUAGAUCACUUUUGUGCAGGAUGGGGAAUCCUUAUUGCAGCUGUCCUGGAGAUAAUAGGCAUUGUCUACAUUUACGGAGGAAACAGGUUCAUUGAAGACAUUGAAAUGAUGAUUGGAAAGAAGAGACGUUUAUUCUGGCUGUGGUGGAGAAUGUGCUGGUUUUUCAUUACUCCUGUGCUGUUAAUGGCAAUUUUGGUCUGGUCUCUGGUCACAUUUUCACCUCCCACUUAUGGCUCAGUGUUAUAUCCAGCCUGGGGAACUGCUGUUGGCUGGUGCAUGAUUAUCUUCUGUGUCAUCUGGAUUCCCAUCGUCGCUAUUCUAAAAAUAGUUAAAGCUGAAGGAAAUCUUUGUCAGCGCAUUGUAAGCUGCUGCAGGCCCGCUGCAAACUGGGGUCCCUACCUGGAAUGUCACCGAGGAGAAAGAUACAGCCAUAUUGUAGAUCCCAAAAAGGAAAAGGAACACGAGAUUCCUACUGUGUCUGGCUUUGUAUACACUCAACAAUGA